UUACUACUCGUCGCAACAUAUAAACAGUGCGUGGGCACUGAUCGGUGCGAUUCUGCUGUCACGAUACUCACCGAUUUCACGACCCUAACUCCCGGACCACCACGUACACUGUUCCUUGGAACCCGACAAUCGUUACAAGUUACUACUGAGAGAAGAUGAGGAUUACAAUUGAGAUCGCGCUUUUGGUAGGGAGUGCGGCGGUCGCGCUUGCGAGCCCUACUGCGUAUCCAGACUCAACGUCAGCAAAGCCGAAGGAUGAUAAUAAGGCUCUGGCGGUGAAAGUUACAAGUGUUGGCAGCUGUCCGAUGAGCUGUUGGAAUGAGGCCGCUGCAAAGGCUGGCUGCGAUCCUAACACGAGCGACGCUUGCUUAUGCGGACCGUUCUUCAACGCAGUGACAUACUGUACGGCGCAGACGUGCAGUGCGAGUGACAAUCUAGCCGCAUUAAACUUCCUGUCGCCUGCAUGCUAGAGGCCCACCACAGGCAAAUCACAGCUUCAACUUCAAAAGCCAAGAGUCGGAGGAACCAUCGGAGAGAUGUACGAGGACGUUCAAUAAACACUAGAUACCCUGAGGAAAUUGAUGAAUCGCC